UGCAACCGUGUCCAUUUUGGAGGUGGCGCUGCGGGUCUAAAUAUGAGCUAAACAAAAUGACGAAGAAGAACGUGGUAGCGGAAGCAAUAGACAGAGACAGACGCUAGCGACUAGCUUGCAGCGUACGUCGAGGAAAUUAUCUGAGUUUCUUUCUUCAUCAAGUAGCCUCCUUUUUGCACAUUACCGAGUGCUGCUGGAUUUGAGGGUAUUGUCGUCUUCCUGACCUGCCAACAUGCCAGCUGCAUUAACGGAUUCCAGUCAGAUAAUCUGUGAAGUCUGGGCGAGUAAUGUGGAGGAAGAAAUGAGGAAGAUCCGACACAUUAUUCAAAGCUACAGUUACAUAGCUAUGGACACAGAAUUCCCAGGAGUGGUUGUCCGGCCAAUUGGAGAGUUUCGCAGCACAGUGGACUAUCAGUACCAGCUGCUGAGGUGCAAUGUUGACCUGCUAAAGAUCAUCCAGCUUGGACUCACAUUCAUGAAUGAAGAUGGAAACUAUCCUCCUGUCACGACGACAUGGCAGUUCAAUUUCAAAUUCAAUCUAACAGAAGACAUGUACUCACAGGACUCAAUAGACCUGCUUCAGAACUCCGGUCUGCAGUUUAAAAAACAUGAAGAGGAGGGAAUCGACACGCUGUACUUUGCUGAGCUUCUCAUGACUUCCGGUCUGGUCCUAUGUGAAAAUGUCAAGUGGCUCUCCUUCCACAGUGGCUAUGACUUUGGCUACUUGGUGAAGCUCCUGACCGAUGCACGACUGCCGGAGGAAGAGCAUGAAUUCUUCCAAAUCCUCAACUUAUUCUUUCCGGCAAUCUAUGACGUGAAGUAUUUGAUGAAGAGCUGCAAGAACCUGAAGGGAGGACUGCAGGAAGUGGCAGACCAGCUGGAGCUGAAGCGGAUCGGACGGCAGCAUCAGGCUGGAUCAGAUUCGCUGCUCACUGGUAUGGCCUUCUUCAGGAUGAAAGAGCUUUUCUUCGAGGACAACAUCGAUGACGCUAAGUACUGUGGGAGAUUGUACGGCCUGGGCUCGGGCUCCAGCCAACCGCAGAACGGCAUCUCCAACUCGGGCCAGGAGGAGACCAACAACAAACACUGACUGAGCGCUCGAGGCUUCACGUCGGAUCGCACUUGUUUUAAAACCCAACCAGACGAUUUCUCCUGAACGAGACUCAAGUUUCUUUACUUUUCCCACCUGCGUGACUGUUGAACAGACUCGACGGAUUCUUCGUUACUCUUUUCUUUUAGUGGCUUUUACUGGAUAUAUGGCCAUAUAUUCAGAACACUUUUUAAUGACAUCAUUAGUAACAGCUGACUUCACAGCAUGGGACCAGUUCCUGUAUCAUUCUGUCAUGUCAGACCAAAAGUCGCAUCCUCUUCAUCAGCAGGACUCCUCUUGUCACAGGGAUUUGUUUUUUUCUUUUUUAAAGUUAACGCUGGAAGGGCCUGUAAAUUAAACUGUAUAAUUUUGAGAAUAAAAAUGUUUUAGAUUUUUUCCACUUUCAGAAACUUUUAACAGCGUGUAACUGUUCUGCAUGUUUCCAUGGGCAAACUGCUGCUAUGUACAUUCGCUACCAAACCAGUUGUUGGUCAGAUUUACAGAUGUUGUGGUUGCUCUUGCUUUUACAUUCAUUGUUUUAAACACUUGUACAUUAAAUUGUUUUGUAUUUUGAAUGUAUUAAGUAUUUGUUUCUUAUUAUUUUAAAGUCAUUUUUGUUCUAUAGACUCAUUGACUAACUGCCAUCAUGUGCCUAGUUUUACCAAGUGGUGCAUUAGAGAAGCUUAUAGUUUAAGUAAUUUAAUGUCAG